AUGGAACAGAGUAAAGCCAUCCUUAACCAGGCCCUACUUUGUAGUUAUGGUAACGGCCAGGUGGGCCAUAAAGGGGCGCUGUAAACUCCCGGGCUUUUUCCCCGCAGGCACAGCCACGGAAGAGCAGAGAUAGCAUCAUCCCCGGCCUUGUUCCUCUUUUUUUCACCUUUAUUAGCACACCAAGAGGUGCUGCAUCUCAUUAUCAGUCCAGUCCUCCCUAUUUCUGCGCUCGAGGAUUGUUCCUGGAAUUAAUUUUGGUCAACAAACUGGCGGCCAACGGAAAGACAGAGGGCUCUGACAAUGGCAAAACCGCGAGACAUCAUCACAAUCUGCAGGUAUUCAGCCGCGGGAUUCUUUUCUUAUCAUUUGAGUUUAGGACAGACAAGGGAAGACUUUGUUGAUCUAUAGUUGUAUCAAAGGCCAGUUGAACACUGUUGAAGAACUCGCUGCAGACCACAACAUUGAUCCUAACAUCCCCGACAAUGAAGGAAAUACAGCUCUGAUACAUGCAUCUGCUGCAGGUAACCUUUAAAAAAUGGUAAUUACUUAUUACAGGGCAUGCGAAAGUAGUACAAGUCCUGGUCGAUCGCUUUCCAAAAAUAAAAAUAGACCAGGUAAAUAAACUGGGGCAAUCAGCUCUGAUGAAGUCGGCGAUUCAAGGAAGGACAAACUGCGCCAAAAUACUUUUGCGUGCCGGUAAGUGGAACGUCGUCUUUGUUCAUGGAAUUGAUAUAACCAAGGUGAUUUAUAUCUGGCGGCAAGGUCGGUAUGCCGAUGAUUUUUUACGCCUACUUGCCAAAAAAAAGUUGCAAAAUCUCAGCGGUUUCGGCCGAAAAUAAUUCUUCAAGACUCUGGGAAGGCAUAGAAAGGUCAAUUCAAGAUUUUUUUUUGAAAUUUGGUCGGUUGAAAAUAGCGAGUGUCAGCUCCAGAAAAAAAUAUUUUUGUUAAGUAGGCGUAAAAAUUCAUCGGCAUACCGACCUUGCCGCCAGAUAUAAAUCACCUUGGUUAUAUUAUGCCACAAAAAAGAUUCUGCUGCAUGGAAAUCGGGCUGGGUAGAGAGAAAGAAGACUGACAAGGGCUCGGCAAAACCCAGCAUACUGGUUUUUUUUGGAGACCUGUACCGUUUGAAAAAGCGGGAAAACUGGUCUAGAAGCAACUUUUAUAAGCUUUUGUUUCUGCUCUGCGUGAUAAUAUUCUAGCCUAACAUUACCGUUCCUUUGGGAAAACAAAUGCGAUUGACUUCAAAAGCACAGCAGUUAGCAACACAAAACCGAUCGAUGCAAGACCUAGGACAGGCGGGGAGCCAAAAAAAGAUGUUGGGAGGUGCCAACCAGGCCUGCUAAAGCCGUUGAAUGCUUGGCGGAGACUUAAUAUGACUGCUUUCUCCAACUUUAUAUAGCUAUUGCCAAACCCUAGUUUUCUUAAUCCUAACUAGUAAGCUAUUGUAGCAUGGAGAAGACUAAAAGUUACUCUAAAAACCGAAGAGAUACAAAAAGUCUGCAGAACAGUGCUGUAAGUAUUGAUCCAACGGGAAACACGCCUCUUUUAAAAUAGUAAACCCAGUGAUGUAUUAAAAAAACGUAAUUCAAAAGGUGCAACAGCGCUUACCAGAAACCGGGAUUGUUUUUCCAGAAAGCCCAGAAGUGGGUGGUAUUAAAGAAUAUCCAUUAUCUGCCCCGAGGGUCUGUCGUUAGUUAGGAGAUGGCGGUUUCAGCAGUAUUAAGGAGUGCAGUUAUUUAGGUCAUCAUAAAAAAUGUUGCUGUAUAAAAAUUUUUUUGGCUUUCAUGCCAACUGUGAUGCAAAAUAUCCUGCUAUAUUAAUUAUAAAUAUUGGGCCGAUACCCUGCCCCAAACGCAAAGCCCCAAAUAAGACAUGCUAUACAAGUCUUUCACCAGGAUGCGAGGUUUUUCCGAGCCCUCCUGAAUACAGAACUUAGGUCAUUAUUAACGUUUUCUGCCAAAUUUUCACAUAUUCAAAAUUUCGCGCAGUUUUUAAAAUUUUCACAACUAGAAACAAGAACGGGACAUAACGAGUUAUUUUAUUUAUUUUGAGGUGCGGAUCCAUACAAACGUGACUUUGGUCGGCAAUUCUGUGCUCUCGAAUGGGCCGAAUACGUUGGUCGUACUGAAUGUGCACAAACGAUCGCUCAUUUCAUGUUGGAGCCGGGCCACAAGGUCCCGGAUAAGAAGUUGUCGACGGCUUCUGAUAACUUGAAGCAGGUUGCUUGCCUCGUGGCCAUCCCUCUGAUCGGUGGAGAUAUGCCGGUGAUUGCCAGGCCACGAGUACGAUCUGCACCUCCAAUACCCGCUGUUAAGAUAACCCCAUCGGAUGGCAAGUUCGUUCUCAACAACCACAAAAAGGCCGCUCGGUCAGUUUCGCGGCCUACCAGUUCAUUGGCCUAG